CUUCGCCUCUCGGAUCAGAACUGCUAACAUGGACGGAACCUGGCUGGCAUCGACCUGACCAUGACCUCCUUCCUCUCACCUGCGGGUCGAACCAGCUGACACAUCCAGAUAAAAAUAGAGGCAGAUAUUUGGAGCCUCCACGCCUCGGCUUUCAGCCUGCUGCUGAAACAGGCCUCUGAGACGGGCCGGAACCUCUGAGACGGGCCGGAACCUCUGAGACGGGCUGGAACCUCUGAGACGGGCCGGAACCUCUGAGACGGGCCGGAACCUCUGAGACGGGCCGGAACCUCUGAGACGGGCCGGAACCUCUGAGACGGGCCGGAACCUCUGAGACGGGCCAAAGUCUAGAACCACCACAGGAACAACACUGAAGCUUUCAAUAAAACUCAGAUCACUUCAUUCAACAAGAGAGAGUUCUGGUUCUGGUUCUGGUUCUGACCAGCACACAGUCACUGACUGUCUCUAAGGAAGGCUGUGCAACUUCUUCAUGGAAAAUUGAGUGGAAGGAAACACAGUCUGACUCUGUUCUGAGUCAGAUGAACAGGAAGUGGUCGACACCGACGUGAUGUUUACAUCUCUGGAAGAACUCAGGUUCUGUCCCUGUAACCACGGCAACAGUCUGUUCAGCGAGGAAGACUCUGAGUCUGUUUCACUUCUCUGUUUUUUCAAAGAAAUACAUGAAACAGCAAAAUGCAUCAGAAGAUAACGGAAAUAAAUGUCAUGUAAUAUAAAAUUCUAAAUUAUAUAAUUUAAGCUUAAACUAUUCAAAACCUAAAACAACAUAAGAAACCUUUUAAAAACCUCCAGUCAGAAAUCAGAGCUGUGAGGGAAAAAAGUCCAAAACCUCUGACUGCUAAACGAAUUUUAACAGAACCAGCAGAACCUUUAGUUCCUACAGAACCGGCAGCAGAACCGGCAGCAGAACCGGCAGCCUGCCCAUGUGACGUUCUGCAGGUCGGCACCAGAACUUUAACCCGUCCUAAAGCGACCAGUGGAGAGAACAGAACCGACAGGAUUCCUUCUGGCUGCUGCGUUCUGCAUUCAUACCGAACCAGAAACCAAGGAUUGGUCCAGCAGGUCAAAGGUCGUUACAGUAACAGACCAGCGAAGGCCAUUCAGGAGGCAUGACGGAUGAGAAAUGUCCCCAGCUGGUGGACUACUUCGUGGUGGCGGGCCUGGACCCCGCCGGGCCCUGGAGGUCCCUGGGCGAAGACGGCCGGGCCUCCUCCUCCUCUUCACCAUCAGCGGCGGCGGUCCGAGCGGCGGAGCCGGUGACGGACCUGGCGGUGAUCGCUCGCGGUCUGGGGGAGGAAGUACCGGAAGGUUUCACCUGCAUAGAGAAAACCCUGGGGGGCCACUCGGCCGAGCUGAGCGCCGGGCUCAUCAACAACCCACACCUCUACCUGUGCUACCGCCGGGGGCGGGACAAACCACCGGUCCUGGAGCUGGGGGUUCUGUAUGAGGGGAAGGAGCAGCCGAAGCAGGGCUGGUACGUCAUGGAGACCACACCCUAUAGCCGCUCGGCCAGCCUGAGCUCUGGCGGCGCCCCCACAGCCCACCGGGUCUUCCUCAUGUACCGCCGGGCCCUGGACUCACAGGGCCUGCACACGCUGGGCGUCACCGACAUCGCCCUGCUGAUGCCCAGCAAGGGGGAGGUGGCACCGCACACAUUCUGCCGGGUCGACAAGAACCUCAACACGGGCAUGUGGGGUCCAGCUCUGCACGUCUGCUACAAGAGAGCCGUGGCCAAAGCCAACGCCCUGGUGUUCGAAGCCAGUCUGAUCAGCCGGUACCCAGAGGAGGACCUGGAGGCGUUCCCUCUUCCUGAGUCGGUGCCGGUCUUCUGUUUGCCGAUGGGCGUCACUGUGGAGAGCUGGCCGCUGAACUCCAAGUACCAGCUGCCUGUCUUUUCCACCUUCGUCCUCACGUCUGCCUCCGGAGACAAGGUAUACGGCGCUGCCAUCCAGUUCUACGAGUCGUUCUCCAGGGAUCUUCUGUCCGAGCGGCAGAACGUCCGGCUCGGCCUGCUGAGCGUGGUGGACCGCCGGCCCAUCACCAGCCGCAGUCUGCACACCAAGAAGAGCAUCUGCGUCCUGUCCCACUGGCCCUUCUUCACCGUCUUCCAGAAGUUCCUCACCUUCAUCUACAGAUACUCCAUCUCCGGGCCGCACGUCCUGCCACUCGAGAAACACAUCUCCAGCUUCAUGCACAACGUUCCGUUCCCUUCCCCUCAGCGUCCACGGAUCCUCGUUCAGCUCUCUCCGUAUGACAACCUGCUGCUCUGCCAGCCGGUCUCCUCCCCACUCCCACUCAGCGGUGCGAGCUUCCUGAAGCUGCUCCAGAACCUGGGUCCAGAGAACUCCUGCACACUGCUGCUUGCCGUCCUCACUGAACACAAGCUGCUGCUGCACUCACUGCGACCCGACGUCCUGACCUCCGUCAGCGAGGCCCUCGUCUCUAUGACCUUCCCGCUGCGCUGGAUCUGCCCCUACAUCCCUCUGUGCCCGCUGCAGAUGGCCGACGUGCUGCUGGCGCCCAUGCCUUUCAUCGUCGGCGUUCACUCCAGCUACUUUGAUCUCUACGACCCCCCGCCAGAGGUCGUCUGCGUCGACCUGGACACCAAUACCAUCUUCCAGUCAGAGGAUAAGAAGCUGUUGUCGUGGCGAUUGCUACCCAGGAAGCACGGAAAGACGCUGUUCAGCACACUGACCAACCUGCACCAGACCCUGGAGAAGAUUUGCAGCCCCGGCCAGGAGGAGGCGACCCUGGAGUUUCUGCUCACCGACUACGACCAGAUCUACCGGCGGCAGAAGCAGCUGGAGCUGGAGAUCCAGGAGGCCUUCCUGCGCUUCAUGAGCUGCCUGCUGCGGGGUUACCGCGCCUUCCUGCUGCCCAUCACUCAGGCGCCGUCCGACACCACCACUGACUGCAGCUCCCUAUUCAACCUGCAGGGUUUCCUGAAGUCUCGGGACCGGAGCCAGCAGAAGCUGUACGCCCAGCUGAGCCGGACCCAGAUGUUCACCCAGUUCAUCGAGGAAUGCUCCUUCGUCAGCGACCGCCACGCCUGCCUCGAGUUCUUCGACGAGUGCGUCCAGAAGGUGGACGUUGAGAAGCCGGAGGAGGUGCGGCUGAUCGACCUGGACGAGAACGGCGGCGGCGAACACACCGUCUUCAUCAUGCCGCCCGAGGAGCCGCAGGAGGCCGACGGCACCGAGUGCCCCGCCCACUACAGCUACGAGACGUUCCCCAGGCUGACGGCGGAGCUGUUCGACCGACCGCAGGACCCACUGCGCGCCCCGGCCAGAGGCAGUGCCCCCAGCAGCCCCGCCCCCCGCCGCACCAAGCAGGAGAUCAAGGUGGCCCAGAAGCGGGCCCAGAAGUACUCGGCGGUUCCGGACAUGUGGUCCAAAUGCCUGCUGGGUCACUGCUACGGCCUGUGGUUCAUCUACCUGCCCACCUUCGUCCGGGCCGAGGGCUCCAAGGUCCGCGCCCUGCACUCCGCCCACGACGUCCUCCGGCACAUGGAGACCCGCAAGGUGGUGCUGCCCGACGAGGUGUGUUACCGCAUCCUGAUGCAGCUCUGCGGUCAGUACGGCCAGCCGGUCCUCGCCGUCAGAGUCCUGCUGGAGAUGAAGAAGGCCGGGAUCACGCCCAACACCAUCACCUAUGGAUACUACAACAAGGCUGUGCUGGAGUGUAAGUGGCCCUCGACCAAUCAGGGCGGCCGUCUCCGCUGGGCUAAGCUACGGAACGUUCUAUUGGCCGUGGCUCAGUUCAGGCAGCCCAUCAAACGGCAGUGGAAGAGUGGUUCUGUGGGCUCCAGAGUAGCCAUGUUGGAGCCCGAUCAGAAGCCCCGCCCACAGUCCGCUCUGAUUCGUCAGUGCAGCUGGAGCGGCCUGAGCGAAAGCUCGAGUCACGAGUCUCUGACCGGGUUGCUGGUGAAGAGCUCCAGCCUGAGCAGCAUGAAGACGCCCACAGUCAGUGAGCGCAAAGUCUGUAAGAAGUCCCCCAUCCUCCACGGUUCAGGGACAAACGGGGACACGGUCCACCGGAAGCCCCCGCUGGGCCGGAGAGAAGCCUCCGCUCCGCCUGCAGCGCCCCCUGGGGGAGCCGUGGUGCGGCGCAGUGAGGUCUGCCUUUCCACCUUCUACACUGAGUCGGAGCUGGACUGCAGAUGUGAACCGAGGCUCAGCAGAUCUGACAGAUCCGGGAGCUCCGGCGGAAAGAACAAGGCCAGGACAGUAGACGAGAACUCCAACCACGUGUCGUCCCCGAGCCGAGGAGGCCUGGCAGGGAAACUGCAGCAGCUCCUCACACCGACCAAAAACCGAGCAUCGGUCCGGCGCACCGCCAGCGUGGAAAACCGCCGGUCCGGAGGAGGGAUCGGUCGGAAAGUGUCCAGGAAGUCUCAGGUGGCUGAAAGUCUGCUAAAGGCAAAGGAGCGGCUGGUGAACGCCACAUCAGAGAGCUCGCUGUCGGUAGGAAGUGACCUGGACCUGACGGAUACGGCCACCGCGGAGUAUCCUGUGCGCAGGUCGUGGGACGCCAACCAGGAGGGGGCAGGAAUCGAGGUUCUGAUGUCCAGCUGCUCGCUGUGCCGCAGCUGCAACUCUCUGGUGUACGACGAGGAGAUCAUGGCGGGCUGGACCUCGGACGACUCCAACCUGAACUCAUCCUGCCCGUUCUGCGCCGCCUCCUUUGUCCCGUUCCUGAACGCUGAGAUCUGCGACCCGGGGCCUGUCAGCAGUGCGGAGCGCUGCACCAUGAACCUGGAGGAUGAGGUGGAGAGCGCCGUGAGGCCCCCUAGUGGUCCCCAGUGCAACGGGCUGAGCGACGACUCCAGCUCUGAAACCAGCACCUACUCCGUGACCAGCAAGGCCACCACGGUGUCGUCGGUGGGAGGAACUCCUCAGGUGACGGUGGCCUACCUGAGCCCGCUGGUUCUGAGGAAGGAGCUGGAGAGUCUGCUGGAGAACGAGGGCGAGUCGGUUCUGGCCCAGCCUCAGUUUCUGGACAGCCACUCCAUCAUCUUCUGGAACCUGGUCUGGUACUUCCAGCGGCUCGGUCUGCCCAGCAACCUGCUGCAGCUGGUCCGCAGCUCGCCACUGGUCAGCCACUUCACUCAGUUGGAGAACUCUGCGGUGAGGGUCCGGCUCCUCUGGGACACGCUGAGCCCCGACACCGACCAGUGGCCGCCGCUCUACGUCCUUUGGAGGAUCCACAGUGGCGCCCUGAUGAGGACCUACAGCUGGAGGCGGCACAACCACCCGUUCACCUUGUCCUUCCUGGAGGAGGUUCUGCGCUGGGUGGGCAUGAACGAGGUGCACAAGGCCAUCACGCUCUUCCUGGACACCCUGGAGAAGCAGCCCGGGUCGCCACAGACCCAGAGGAGUCUCUACCGAGAGAUGUUGUUCCUGACACUGGCAGCGAUGGGAAAAGACCACGUCGCUGCAUUCGAUAAGAAGUACAAGACGGCGUUCCUGCGCCUCAGCAGCUCCCUGGGCCGGGACGAGCUCCGCAGGAAGCGGGCCCAGCCUCCCAGCACCAAAGCCGUCGACUGCAGACGCAGCUUCCACCCGCCGCUGGAGUGCUGAGCGGUUCCGGACCGGACCGCACCGGACCGCACGCCGGCAACCAACACCCGCUUUGCCUCUCUGCUGCCCCCUGGUGGAGGGAACAGCAUCCUACUUUCUACCAACCUCUAUGGAUCCCGAAGACACCGGUGCGACCGGAUCGGACCGGACUGGAUCGGACCGGACUGCGGCUCUGCUCUGUAGUCAGAGGAAGGCGCAUUGUCAUCAGCGGGAACCCAGAACCGGAUAUUCCCCUGGGAAUCCGCUUCCUGAACUGGGUCGUUGUGGAUUUAUUGUUGAAACUGUGAAAAACGGAUCUGACCCGUUUUAACUCCUCAGAACCGGUUCUGUUGACCAGAAAUUCAGCAAUGCAUCCAGGCUUCUGCUUUCCAACCAGCUGGGAAAGCCGGGUCAGAAUGGAUCAGAACCACCUGGGAUGAGAGGCAGAACGAUUAAGAAGCAAAAUGAAAGAAAAUGUAAAAUAUCAGAGUUUUGAUUGGUUUAAUACCAGCCAGAACCCGAUCAGAACCAGGCCAGAACCCGACCAGAACCAGGCCAGAACCCGACCAGAACCAGGCCAGAACCCGACCAGAACCAGACCAGAACCCGACCAGAACCCGACCAGAACCCGACCAGAACCAGGCCAGAACCCGACCAGAACACGACCAGAACCAGGCCAGAACCCGACCAGAACCAGACCAGAACCAGGCCCGAACCCGACCAGAACUAGGCCAGAACCCGAACAGAACCCGACCAGCACUCCACCAGAAUCCGGCCAGAACUCAAGACUGGAUCCUCCCUGGCGGUUCUGACCCGGUUCUGACACGGAGAUGUUUAUUUAAAUUUGCUGUUUAUUUAUAUCUGACUGUGGUUACCAUGGCAAUGUUGCUUUUUUAACAAAAUCGUCAAUAAAAGACGUAAA